CGCCAAGAAGAAGAAGAUGGCUGAUAAAAUUCUACCUCAGAGGAUCCGCGAGCUCGUCCCCGAGUCUCAGGCCUACAUGGACCUGCUGGCCUUCGAGAGGAAGCUGGACCAGACCAUCAUGAGGAAGCGCCUGGACAUCCAGGAGGCCUUGAAACGACCCAUUAAGCAAAAACGAAAGCUGCGUAUUUUCAUCUCCAACACCUUCAACCCAGCCAAGUCAGAUGCAGAGGAUGGGGAAGGAACAGUCGCCUCCUGGGAGCUUCGAGUGGAAGGACGGCUGCUGGAGGAUUCUGCUUUGUCCAAAUACGAUGCCACCAAGCAGAAAAGAAAGUUCUCCUCCUUCUUUAAAUCUCUGGUCAUUGAGCUUGAUAAAGACCUGUAUGGCCCUGACAAUCACCUAGUAGAGUGGCACAGGACUGCCACAACUCAGGAGACAGAUGGCUUCCAGGUGAAGAGGCCGGGAGAUGUCAACGUGCGCUGCACCGUGCUCCUGAUGCUGGAUUACCAGCCCCCCCAGUUCAAGCUGGACCCACGCCUGGCUCGUCUGCUGGGGAUCCACACCCAGACCCGCCCCGUGAUCAUCCAGGCCCUGUGGCAGUACAUCAAGACCCACAAGCUGCAGGACCCCCACGAGCGGGAGUACGUGAUCUGUGACAAAUACCUCCAGCAGAUAUUCGAGUCCCAGCGGAUGAAGUUCUCGGAGAUCCCUCAGAGGCUCCACGCGCUGCUCAUGCCCCCCGAGCCCAUCAUCAUCAACCACGUCAUCAGUGUUGAUCCCAAUGACCAGAAGAAGACAGCUUGCUAUGACAUCGAUGUGGAGGUGGAUGACACCUUGAAAACUCAGAUGAAUUCCUUUCUGCUGUCCACGGCCAGCCAGCAGGAGAUUGCUGCUCUGGAUAACAAGAUUCAUGAAACAAUAGAGACAAUUAACCAGCUGAAGACCCAGCGUGAGUUCAUGCUGAGCUUUGCCCGAGAUCCUCAGGGCUUCAUCAACGACUGGCUACAGUCCCAGUGCAGGGAUUUAAAGACGAUGACUGAUGUCGUGGGGAACCCUGAGGAGGAGCGCAGAGCCGAGUUCUACUUCCAGCCCUGGGCUCAGGAAGCCGUGUGCAGAUACUUCUACUCCAAGGUGCAGCAGCGGCGGCAGGAGCUGGAGCAGGCGCUGGGCAUCCGGAACACGUAG